AUGGUAUUGGAUAUUCGAUGGCGGAAUGCUACCUACGCACCUCUGGGAUUACAUGGAGGUCAAAAUGUAUGGCGCACACAGUUUGAUGCGGCACGGGUGGCCGCCAUAGCUGUGCCGUGGCUCCCAUUGAUCCCUCACGAGGUGAAUGACGUAGAGUUGUUAUGGGAACUCAUUUGGAAUGGUAUCCUUCACCUUACUGACACGUGCGCCCCAGCAACUCGCAGUAGACCGCGAACAUUGGAGCCGCCAUGGUUUGAUCCUGAAGUGCGACGAUUACUGCGGCGCCGAAAUCGCGCUUGGCGAGGUUUUGGGCCGCCGGUGUAG